GCGUCCACCCCACCGACAGCUGAACCGACAGACACGCUGCGGGGUUCGAUGGAAUGUUCUUCUGCUGUAAAAAGAAAAAAGGGUGUGGAGCUGAAAUGAGGUUAGCGGCGGGUGAGAGCCGGGGCACAGGAAGCACGUGACCGCUGAGAGAGGGAGUCCGUUACUGAGGGAGAAGCCUGAAUAACCGACGCUGAGCUGGUGGCAGCUGUCACACAGGCUCACGGGCCCCAUCCCUGCCCUCCUGCCCGGCAGGUGCCGACCUAGGGCCGCCUCGUCCGAGCCCCACGGGGGCAGCCCUCGGCCAAUUCCCAGGGCCCGUGGACACCGCCAGAGAUGGCCCCUUUUGGUUGCUGGGGCCUGCCCACUGCCCUCCUCGCCCUGCUCUGCUGCCCAGCAGACAACUCCAUGGGCAGGGCAGCAGGGAUGUCCAGUGCCCCGUGUCUCGGUCUUCCAGGGUCUGGGGAGAAGGCGUUUGAGGUACACAUGUGGCCGGAGACGCUGGUGGUUGAGCCUGAAGAGUCCCGGGAAGUCAACUGCAGCACCAGCUGUGACCAGCCUGACAAGGGAGGUCUGGAGACGUCCCUAAAUAAGACUCUACUGGCCCACGGACCUAGGUGGAAGUACUACUCGAUCUCAAACAUCUCGAGGGACGUGGUCCUGUACUGCUACUUCAGCUGCUCCGGGAAGCCGCGGCACAAAUUUCUCAACAUCACCGUGUACAAGCCUCCGAAGCAGGUCACUCUGAAGCUGCAGCCCACCUGGGUGGCCGUGGGCAAGUCCUUCACCAUGGAGUGCAGGGUGCCUGCCGUGGAGCCCCUGGAGAGCCUCACCCUCUUCCUGCUCCGUGGCAAAGAGACCUUGCACAUCCAGACCUUUGGGAGGGACAAUCCUGCUCUCCAAGAGGCCACGGCCAUAUUCGACAGCACAGCUCACAGGGAGGACAAACACUACAACUUCUCCUGCCUGGCUGUGCUGGACCUGGAGUCUCGCGGUGGCAGCGUCUUUCGCAGCGUCUCGGAUCCCCAGAUGCUCGAGGUCUAUGAGCCUAUCCGCGACAGCCAGAUGACGGUCAUCGUCGCAGCUGUGUCGGUGCUGCUGUUCCUGUUCGUGACGUCCAUCCUGCUCUGCUUCGUCUUCAGCCAGCGCUGGCGGCAGAGGCGGACUGGCUCCUACGGGGUGCACAGUUCCUGGGUGAGGCUGCAACGGGCCUUCCGGGCACAGCCUGCCUGAGUGGCGUGGCCACUGCCAUGGUGGUCACUGGACCUCAGUGUGGGGCCUCGGGUUUUUGUUCCGG